GUGAUGCUCUGCUAAUUGCUGGUGUCUUCCUUCCCUCCCAGUCUUUGUAAUCAUCUUGUGGCCUAUUGACCAAGUGGAUUUGUACUUCCAGGCCUCCCAAGAUGUAGACUAAACUGUUUCAACAUGUUCACAUAGAGAACGAGCUAAUAAAGUAUACUUCCUGGCCACCAUCUUGAACAUACCUCACCAGUGAUCUUGGAUCAGAGAACCUGCUGUUCCCUCCACACAGAAUGCCUUUUUUUUUUUAAUGGAUAUAUUUCUUUAUUUACAUUUCAAAUGUUAUUGCCUUUCCCGAUUUCCUGUCCAUAAGCCCCCUAUCUUCCCCUAUCCACCCCCUUCCACCUCCCCCCACAUUCCCCUGCACUGGGGGUCCAGCCUUGGCAGGACCAAAGGUUUCCCCUUCCACUGGUGCCCCAACAAAGCUAUCCUCAGCUUCCUAUGCAGUUGGAGCCAGGGGUCAGUCCAUGUAGAGUCUUUGGGUAGUGGUUUAGUCCCUAGGAGCUCUGGUUGGUUUGCACUGUUGUUCUUAUGGGGUUGCAAGCCCCCCCCCUUUUAAAGAUUUAUUUAUUUAUUUAUUAUAUGUAAGUACACUGUAGCUGUCUUCAGACACACCAGAAGAGGGCAUCAGAUCUCAUUACAGAUGGCUGUGAGCCACCAUGUGGUUGUUGGGAUUUGAACUCAGGACCUCUGGAAGAGCAGUCAGUGCUCUUAACCACUGAGCCAUCUCUCCAGCUCCACAGAAUACCUUUCUAGUUUGUCCUCCUUCAGCCAGGAGCUCCUGUGAACUUGUGGGAGAAGGCACCUCCGUGAUGCCUUCCUCCAUCCCAGCUCUCCCCAGUUCACUUUGUGUACUUGCUCUUAACGCCACGUCCAAUCGCUGAGCUGGGUCCCGCCUCAGAGAGCCUUUGUCUACCUGCUGGUGCCUUUCCCUGGACAGCUCUCCAGACUUGCUUAUGAUUGGUUAGUGCUUCCCACUUUCAUCUCCAUGGCAUUCAUAGGACGCGGUGGCUCUGCAUAUGAUCCCAGCUUGUGGGAGGGAAACAGAAGCAGGAACAUAGUUCGAUACAGAUUCAAAUCCUGCCUCCAAAUACAAGACAGAUGCCGGUAGAGGAAGAGCAAGAAAGAGUUGAAUUGCUUCCUCAGUUAAAGCCUUCCUUCCCUCCAAGGGAAGGGCAUUUGGUGCAUAUAUAUCCCUCAGUGUUUGCUUUGUGUUUUCCCUUGCUGUUGCCCUUACUCUGGCUUAGAAUAAUUUGCUUAAAGCAUCCCACCUCCCCUCUGACUGGGACUGCCAUAGGAGAGCGGUUCAGUUGUUUCUCACGGUGCAUGGCUACUGUGUAACAAAUGUUUCUUGACUCUGUCAGGAGUCCAUGCUUCCUAAAUGAUUACCGGUGCUCUGAAACUCCUGAUCUUUGUAACCAUCCUGCAAAUGUCCUUCUCAUGGAACCAGUGGAAGUGCCUUAUGGUGGUUCUCAUGUCACCAAGCCUAGGCUCUAUACUGUUCUACACAGCUGCAGGGGGACUUGCCUCAUUUGUGACUUGCUGAUCCUCUGAGGUGCAGGUGGGAAAGGGCAUAGCACAUCCAGUGUUCUAGAACAAGCAUCGUACCUCAGAAUUAUGGCUUUAAAGCUUACUUCUUUGAGCUGGAGAGAUGGUUCAGCAAUUAAGAGCACUGGCUGCUCUUCCGAAGGACCUGACUUCAGUUUCAAGCACCCACACACUGGCUAACAAAAGUCUGUAACUUUGGUUCCAGAGGAUCUUCUGCCCUCUUCUGGCCUCCAUGGGCAACCCCCAGGAAUACAUUUGGUACACAGACAUGCAUGUAAACAUUCUACGCGUGAAAAUAAAAUAAAUCUAAAACACAAACAAAACCAAAAUCCUCAGGCUUAUAGUCUAGCUGUUACUUCAGGUUGUCUCCGUGACGUGGUCCAAAUUUAGAUAAUGUCCCAGUCUCAGACAAACCAGGAGGUGCAUUCUUAGCUUGCAGACAGCUCAGCCUGUUGACGUGACACUCAGUGUUGGCAGCAGGAGUUUCCUGGGACUGCCUAAGACCACACUUCUGAAAACCCGGCCUUGGGUUGCAAGCCUAGGCAUCCUGGUGUUCGGAAUUCAAAACUAUACAAGAAACAGUGACCGAGCUCUUUGCCAUUUAUCUAAGUCUCUGGCAAGGUUGGGAGAGGCGAGGACUUUGCCGAGCAAGUUCUCCGUCCCUGAGGUGGUGCCCACCUGUACCAACUCUUGUAGUUAUCACCAAGAACGUACAGUUCCUCUUUAUGCCUGCUGAUUGGUUGAGACCAGUAUUUCUUCCAGCAGGUCAGUUUACCUGAUAAUUUCCUGCUCUUUUAGACUUCCGGGGCGGAGCGUGCCCGUGGAUAAGUUUCUUCUCCGUUCCUUUCCGUAGCCUUGCUCCUGUUCACAGUCAUUCCCUGUCCCCUGGGGUCCAGGAGUCCCUUGUACACUAAAGCCUGCAGAAGCUUGAAUCCCUUAUGUAAACAAUGUGGUGUUCAGUGCGUGGAACACUACAGAUCUUCUGUGUCCUUCUGGCUAGCUCGAGGUUCCUUACAACCCCUAAUGUAGUAGAAAUGCUACUCCCACAGUUAUAUUAUUUAGGGAAUCAUCACCCAAAAAGGCUGUACGUGCUCAGUAUGGACGGUUUUGUUUUGUCUUGCUUUUUUUUUUUUUGUGCUGAGACAGAAUCUCACCACAGGGUAAUCGAGCCUCCCAUUCCCACUGCCCCAUCUUACCCAUGUAAGGGUGGUCUUUUUGCUUUUUGUCUUUUGUGCAUGCGUGUGUGUGUGUGUGUGUGUGUGUGUGUGUGUGUGUGUGUGUGUGUAUGUGUGUGUCUUUAAAAGGUUAUUUAAUUUUCAUUCAUGUGCAUGUCAGUCUGUGUAUGCCACUUGUAUUCACGGAGACCUCUGAUUCCCUGAACUGGAAUCCUAUAGGCAGCUGUGGGAAUGUGAGUUCUGGAAGUCAAAUGGCAGGUCUCUGAACUACUGAAUCACCUUUCUAGCGCCUAAGACUAUUUUUAAAUCCCACUCAUAGGAUUUGUGGAUAUGGAAGGCUAGCGGUACUUAAUAAGUUAUAACUAAAUACCAGAUGAUUCUGCAUGGCUGGAAGAAGUCCAUACCCCAGUGCCGCCGUCCUCUUUGUGUGGGAGAAAGGCAGGAAAAGGCUGUUGGAGUGGUGUGGACCCAGACUGCUUUUCUUUUGGCCUCACAAGGAGAGCUUUUCAAAGCACUUGGCGUCCCCCGCUGUAUGGAUGUGUCACUGUGAGAUGACAACAGGAUUUGCUGGGAAUGUGGGCUACUAUUGUAUCCGCCUUACGUAACCACGUGCAGUGGUGGAAAUGGGUGAGCAGCCCAGAAGGUAGGCAGUGGCCAGCCCUGUCUCUGCGGAGCCAUGAGGGCUGCUCAGGUCUUCCAGAGGAUGUGGAUCCAGGCAGUUAAAAAGUUGGAGAGAUGGAAAGGCCAUGGCCCAGGCAUGGAGGAGGUGAUAUGGGAACAGUACACUGUGACCCUGCAGAAGGAUUCCAAAAGAGGAUUUGGAAUCGCAGUGUCAGGAGGCAGAGACAACCCCCACUUUGAAAAUGGGGAGACGUCAAUCGUCAUUUCAGAUGUACUCCCAGGUGGACCCGCUGAUGGCUUGCUUCAAGAAAAUGACAGGGUGGUCAUGGUCAAUGGCACCCCCAUGGAGGAUGUGCUCCAUUCAUUUGCCGUUCAGCAGCUUAGGAAAAGUGGGAAGAUCGCAGCCAUUGUGGUCAAGAGGCCUCGGAAGGUUCAGGUGGCCCCGCUGCAGGGCAGCCCCCCUCUCAGUCAUGAUGACCGAGGUUUUGAGAUGAUGGAUGAAUUUGAUGGCAGAAGUUUCCGCAGCGGCUACAGUGAGAGGAGCCGGCACAGCAGCCACGAUAUGCUCAGCCACAGCUGGGAGGACAGCAGGGAGAGGGGGCGUCCCCAUCAGCGCGCACAGAGCCGGGAGCGGGAGCGCAGCCGUGGCCGGAGCCUGGAACGUGGCCUGGACCAUGAAGACUACGGGCGCAGCCAUGAGCGCAGCCGCGGCCGGAGCCUGGAGCGCGGUCUAGACCGCGACUUUGUGUCCCGGGACUACAGCCGUGGACGGAGCAUCGACAGGGACUACGACCGAGACUAUGAGCGCUCCUAUCACCAAGCCUAUGAGCCUGACUACGAAGGCCGCUACAGCCCAUCUUAUGACCGCAGAGCCCAUCCAGAGACCCGCUAUGAACGGAGCCGCAGCCGAGAACACCUACGGUCCCGAAGCCCCACCCCCGAGUCUAGGUCCCGGCAGGAACACAAGGGCCAGCAUGAUCCCGACAGGCCCAUCGGGGUCCUUCUGACCAAAAGCAAAGCAAACGAAGAGUACGGGCUCCGGCUGGGAAGUCAGAUCUUCAUUAAGGAAAUGACCAGAACAGGACUGGCAACAAAAGAUGGCAACCUUCAUGAGGGGGACAUAAUUCUCAAGAUCAAUGGAACUGUUACUGAGAACAUGUCUUUAACCGAUGCUCGGAAGUUAAUAGAAAAGUCUCGAGGAAAACUGCAGCUGGUGGUGUUGAGAGACAGCAAGCAGACCCUCAUCAACAUCCCAUCUCUGAAUGACAGCGACUCGGAAGUGGAGGAUAUCUCGGAAAUCGAGUCCAACCGAUCUUUUUCUCCAGAGGAGAGGCGCCAGCAGUAUUCUGAUCAGGAGUAUCAUUCCUCCACUGAGAAGCUGAAGGAGAGGCCAAGCUCAAGAGAGGAGACCUCAGGCAGAAUGUCCAGGAUGGGUGCCACACCCACGCCGUUCAAGUCCACGGGGGACAUCACAGCUGCAGGUGUCACAGAGGCCAACAAGGAGCCCAGGUCCCAGGAGGAAUCCCCAGUUCCUCAACCCAGAACAGCAUCAAGAGUCUUUCUUCGUCCUAGUCCCGAAGAUGAAGCAAUAUAUGGCCCUAACACCAAAAUGGUGAAGUUCAAGAAGGGAGACAGCGUGGGCCUCCGGUUGGCUGGUGGAAAUGAUGUUGGCAUAUUUGUGGCUGGCAUUCAGGAGGGCACCUCUGCAGAGCAGGAGGGCCUACAAGAAGGGGACCAGAUUCUGAAGGUGAACACACAAGAUUUCAGAGGGCUGGUCCGGGAAGAUGCCGUCCUCUACCUGUUAGAAAUCCCUAAAGGUGAAACCGUGACCAUUUUGGCUCAGAGCCGAGCAGACGUGUAUAGAGACAUCCUGGCCUGUGGCAGGGGAGACUCGUUCUUCAUAAGGAGCCACUUUGAAUGUGAGAAGGAGACUCCGCAGAGCUUGGCCUUCACCAGGGGAGAGGUCUUCCGAGUGGUAGACACGCUGUACGAUGGCAAACUGGGCCACUGGCUGGCUGUGAGGAUUGGAAAUGAGCUGGAGAAGGGCUUAAUCCCUAACAAAAGCAGAGCUGAGCAGAUGGCCAGUGUCCAGAAUGCCCAGCGAGAGAAUGCUGGGGACAGAGCAGACUUCUGGCGGAUGCGUGGCCAGAGAUCCGGGGUCAAGAAGAACAUUCGCAAGAGCCGGGAAGACCUGGCAGCUGCUGUGUCGGUUAGCACCAAGUUCCCCGCCUACGAGAAGGUUCUGCUUCGGGAAGCUGGCUUCAAGAGACCCGUGGUUCUGUUUGGCCCCAUAGCAGAUAUAGCAAUGGAAAGGCUGACUACUGAGCUACCCGACCUGUUUCAAACUGCAAAAACAGAACCCAAAGAUGCGGGAUCUGAGAAAUCCAGUGGAGUGGUUCGGUUGAAUACUGUGAGGCAAAUUAUUGAGCAGGACAAGCAUGCCCUGCUCGACGUUACCCCCAAAGCUGUGGACCUGCUCAAUUAUACUCAGUGGUUCCCAAUCGUGAUUUUCUUCAACCCGGAUUCCAGACAAGGCAUUAAAACCAUAAGGCAGAGGUUGAACCCAACAUCCAAUAAAAGUUCUCGCAAGUUAUUCGAUCAAGCCAACAAGCUCAAAAAAACCUGUUCUCAUCUUUUUACAGCUACCAUCAACGUGAAUUCAGCCAAUGAUGGCUGGUUUGGCAGCCUGAAGGACAGCAUUCAGCAGCAGCAAAACGAAGCAGUGUGGGUCUCUGAAGGAAAGAUGGAGGGGAUGGAUGAUGACGCUGAAGACCGCAUGUCCUACUUAACCGCCAUGGGUGCGGACUAUCUGAGUUGUGACAGCCGUCUCAUCAGUGACUUUGAAGAUACGGACGGCGAGGGAGGCGCCUACACUGACAAUGAGCUGGAUGAGCCAGCUGAGGAGCCGCUGGUGUCUUCCAUCACCCGCUCCUCAGAGCCGGUGCAGCAUGAGGAGAGCAUAAGGAAGCCCAGCCCAGAGCCACGCGCUCAGAUGAGGAGGGCAGCUAGCAGAGACCAGCUUAGGGAUGGUAGCCCGCCCCCAGCAUUCAAGCCAGAGCCGCCCAAGGUCAGAAACCAAAACAGAGAGGACUCUUUCAACUACUCCAAGUCAAACCUCUCUGCCAUGGCUGGCAGUGAAAUCCCGGGGGGAUCCACCAAAGGGUGUCCUCCCCCUAUUGCGGUGAAACCUGCCUUUGGGCGAUCCAUCCUGAAGCCUUCUACUCCAGUCCCCAUGCCUGAGAGUGAGGAGGUUGGGGAGAGCACCGAGGAGCAGGAAGAGGCUCCCAAAUCAGUCCUGGGCAGAGUGAAAAUCUUCGAGAAGAUGGACCACAAGGCGAAAUUACAGAGGAUGCAGGAGCUCCAAGAAGCACAGAAUGCGAGGAUUGAAAUAGCUCAGAAGCAUCCUGACAUCUAUGCGGUUCCAAUCAAAGCCCCCAAGCCAGAUGCUGGCCUGCCCCAGCACAUGAGUUCUAGACCCCCAGAGCCACAGAAAGCUCCUUCUAGGCUUUACCAGGACACCAGAGGAAGCUACGGCAGUGAUCCCGAGGAAGAGGAGGAGUACCGCCAACAGUUGGCAGCACACUCGAAGCGUGGUUACUACAGCCAGCCCUCCCGGUACCGAGACACCGAAUUAUAGAGGGCCACUUGUGGACUCCUGCGAGACUCCCUGGAGGUCUUCUCCAGUUAAAAUGCACUGCAGAGAUACGGUGGGGAUCCAGGCAACAGACAGCUCGAAUUAUCAACCGAAGGCUCUGUUCGUGGGACUGGAGUAAAGUUGGUUAUGACUUUUUGAAUGAAGAGAAACACUAUAGCCUGAUAAUGGUUACUUGCUUUGGUGUGGACCAAAAAUCUGUAUUAAUCUCUCUGUAUUUGUAAUAUGUAUAUUGAGCAAUAACUCCUUCUCCUCGUUCAGAGCUGCCUUCCAGAGCUGCUUCGAUGUGAAGCAAAUGUGAACAGGGAGUAAAAAAAAAAAAAGUACUCCAUCUCAAACUAAAUCCAGAAGUAAUUUAUCACGACUCCCUAAGUGCCUUUGACAAGAUGUGUCUUAGUUUGCUUCCCUGAAGCUUUAUGCAAAGCUAUAAUGGACUAAAACUUUUAUUUUGACUAAAUUUUUAUACCAGUUUAGCAGCUGUAACUGCCCUCAGCACCAUGCCACCUUUUCAGGGCAUUAUCUUGGGAGUGUGGCUAUUAGUUCUACAUAGCUCGGAGGCCAAGAUUUUAUUAGAGUGUUUGUCCUUGUUUGUCUGAAACCACGUGCUCCACAAAGUCAGAGGCUUGAGAAAAGGGUAUUUUAUUUCCUUCCUAUCAGCAUAUGUACUGACAUCAGGUGGUUUUAUAAUUUAAUAAAAAGGAGUACCUUGUGGUCAAGAAUGAGCUUUGUGCUGAAUCUCUACACACCUUCCUUUUGGGCUGUGUGGGGUGGAAUCCAAGAUCCUCAUGCAUUCAGAGUGCUGCUCCACCGCUGAACUAUACCCCAGACUUCCUGAUUUAUUUUAUUUUAAUUAAAAAAAUUAAAAAGACUUAAAAAA